AUGCUGGUACUAAAUCUGAGGAGUAGAAAACAACAGUUUGCUCUUUUGGUCGUGGUCAUUUACCUUCUGACAGCGUUUACUGUGAUAAAUGCAUUUGGUAAUUCACAUACAUUCUUGGAAUGGACUACUGGCCUAACACAGGGAGUUAAUUAUGUGAUUAUAGCUGCAUUCUCCCUUUUGAACAUUGUAUUGUUGUGGAAGGGCUUUACAUACAUGGUCUUUGGAGAUUUACGACUUAUAGAAGAGGAGCACAUAUUUGAAAGGAUACCCCUUACAGUGAUAAACCUAAUUAUGAUAUCGUCCCUAUUAAGCGAUAAGUACAUGUUUGAUAUUGUUUUACUUGGUGGGCUAUUGUUGGUUUUGAAAGUUUCCCAUUGGAUCCUUAGAGACAGGUUAGAAGGGUUUUUGCAAAGGAUUAACGACACUACUACGCUAACUAGCUUGCUGUUCUCCAAAUUCUCGAGAAACUUACUGAUAUUCGGUAUCUUAGACUAUUUUGUGACGAAGAUAUGCUUUUUCAACCAUUUCGGCAACUUCUACCACCACGGUGACUUCAGUAACAUUACACAGAUCAUGUUUGGUUUGGAAUAUGCCGUUGUGUUCAUUGACCUGAUAAAUAUACUCUGCCAUACGGUGCUCAACUUCUACGCCUUCCACCGUACACAACUACAGUCAGCAAGGUUUAACUUGGAGAUGAUGAAUGACGACUUCAGUGAGGACGAAAACGAUUCCGGCGUCAAUGCUGAUGGUGGCUUGGAAGGUAAGUUUAUUUACGAGAAGUUAAUUGAUUUCGUUGCAGGCGUGUUAAGAACUGGCUUGCACUUCACCAUGCUAAUACCACUAAGAUUUCAAUCAAUGCUAGUGAAGGAUUUUGUUUGGGACUUGUUUAAUCUGGUAAACAACGGUAACAGCUUGUGGAAAAUAUAUAAGAAUAACAGACAGUUGAACAAGAAACUGCCAAACAUUGCCAUUGAAGAUUUACUGGACCAUGAUAAUAUGUGCAUAGUGUGUAUGGAUGAUCUUGUGCUGGUCCAUCAUCCUACAAAGAGGCGCCAAUCAGUUCAGGAAGAAUGCGACGAUGAGAAAAAUACCGAGAAGGACAAACCAUCCACUACAGAAGAGGACCUAUCAGAGGUUGAGCCAACUCAGGGAGACAUCGACCGAAUGGCCGAUAGUAAGAAGCCAAAGAAACUACCUUGCGGCCACAUGCUGCACUUUUCUUGCCUCAAGAACUGGAUGGAGAGAUCUCAAACAUGUCCAAUUUGUAGGGUCCCUGUGUUUGACAAGGACGGAAACGUGAGACCAAGCAUUGCCAAAACGAGGAGAAGCCCUCCAAUGAGCAGUAGUCGCUCUGCAAACCGUUCUAGAGCAUCGCCUGCACCAAUUCCCACUCCAACUCUAACUCCCACGCCAACACAGACACAGGCACAGACACAACCUCAAACUACACCUACAUCUACAGCCCCAACUUUACCGGUUCAAGUGUCACUAAUGGAUAUACCAAAUAGAACCAAGUCCCGUUUUGCCAUUGAAAAGGACACGGCAGACGACCAAGAAAGGAACAUUACCAUCCGCUUCAGAGACCUGAACGACCCAAGUAAAAGUUUCAAGGCGACCGUUAACGUACAAAGAAACCCAUAUCUACACGAGGCGGCCUUCACAAGCUCUUAA